AUGGUGCUCAUUCUUUCGCAGCAAGAGUACAGGAAUGGCAUCAACAAACAUCAUUACAGCAUCCUUGCUCGACAUAGGCAAUCAAGGUCCAGUGAUCCCCGGGAUGGAGUGUUCGCGUUUUAUGGACUCGCUUGUCAGCAGAGCCUGAUCGAGCAUGGCAUCGUUCCAGAUUACGGGGACGCGAAUACCACCGAGAAGACGGUCAAUGAUCUCACAGGUAACCAGACUCUUCGCCGCCAAGCUUCUAUCCUUCAAGACAACCAACGCCAGAUCUACGACUGGGAGGACGUGUUCGAAGCAGGAUCGCGUCGCAAAUACACUACUGGAGAAGAUAUGCUGAAGGUUAUGUGGCAGACGUGUGUGGCUUGCCUUUAUCCCGAAGGGAAGGAAAAGACUCGGCAUAUGUUCCAUCUCUUUUUACGAAGACAAGCUCUGCUAAAGGUCAUCCGGAACAUGGGCUUGCAUCAGCACAUUUGGAUCUACAUGUUGGUUGCAAUUAUUGGGCAUGUGUUUCACUCUCUCGGUAUCAAAAAUCCCGAGAUGGACUUUCGAAUGGCUGUUGGCGCGAUGGGUUGUAUAAGCGCAGCGAGAACAGCUGAUGGUUAUGUUGGAAUGGUUCCCGGCAUUACUGAGAUUGGCGACCGGGUGGCAAUCCUCAAGGGCGGGAAGCUGCCUUUCAUUCUCCGCGAACGUGGCUCCGACUGGGAACUCAUCGGAGAUGCCUACAUCCACGGCAUCAUGAAAGGCGAGGCUUGGAACGAGAGCCUUUGCCAUCCGAUAGGAAUCAUCUAGGGCAAGGUCUCGGACCAGUUAUUUGCUUGCUG